CCAUCCUCAAGCGAAUGGUAUGGUAGAACGUCUACACAGACAGUUGAAAGCUGGUUUGUCAGCUGCAAAUAACACCCAUUGGACUGAAUCCCUUCCGUUAGUUCUCCUAGGGAUACGAAACGCCUUAAAAACCGAUGCUGGUUGUACUACCUCUGAGCUAGUAUAUGGCACAACACUACGACUGCCAGGUGAGUUUGUUUCUCCCUCGAGCUUCCCACCAGUGGUAGAUCACUCCUCAUACGUCAGCAGGCUUACAAACGCUAUGCGUUCAGUUAAACCUGCUCCCCUCCGACCACAGUCCAUUGAUGUUUUCGUUCACCCUUGUUUAAAAACUUCUUCACAUGUAUUUGUUCGUCGCGACUCGGUACGUCGUCCUCUAGAACCCCCAUAUGACGGACCAUAUAAAGUGAUUAAACGUACUGAUAAAUUCUUCGUUUUAGACAAAAAAGGCCGCGAAGACACCGUCAGUAUCGACCGUCUGAAACCAGCUUACUUGGAAGGUAAUCCCAUUAGCCUGGAGCUAAACGUACCCGAUAAUUCACAAGUAAUUGAAUCUACUUCAGUCUUCGAAGAACUCCCUAGCACGGCGAAAGCCACUGAACCUUCGGUCGAUCACUCUAAAAAAACGCGUUCUGGACGUCACGUUAGAUUCCCAGAAUACCUUCACACCUAUUUCACAUAACUGAGUGACACAUCAAUUUUUUUUAUGUUGCGUCAUUUAACACAAGUAAAUGAUAUUUUUCCUAUAACCGUAC